AUGCUCGUUCGCUAUUUACGAGGCCAAGAGAACUCGAACAAAAGCACAUCAUCACCGUCUCAAAGUGCCUUGUGGCCUCUAUUUUGUCACUGGAUACAAUUGCUCAAGUCCUUGCUAUCGUUCACACUAUCGACAUCCGAACAGUCGAUUUUUGAAGAGGAAUUUAAAUACCUGAUUGUAACAUCAUCUCUGUUCAAUGAAACGCCUCAACAUGCACCAGCAGCAUCAGCAGCAGCAUCAGCAGAGCGUCACAAAUCAGUGUCAUUCACAUCGGCACAACCAGUGCAGGUGCAUACCAGCAAUGUCAAGCAGAAGCAACAAAUCAAAGAUUUCUCCAGUAGUAGUCUGACAGCCAGUCUAGUUGCGACUAACGUUAUUUUCUCUGCUGUAUCCCUUUUCAUCAUGGACCAGUUCCGCUCCAUGUUACCAGCGAUCUUAUGCGCAGAUGUAAUGGCAUGUUAUUUUAUUAUUCGACACCAGAAACGUGUGCAGAUACGUAAAAUCCAUGCAUCAGCACUGGAUUCCAUGCAUGAGAUCAUUUCUUUGUCUCAAAAAAGUGAUGCCAUGCUGAAACGCUUGUUGAAAGUGUCAAAUGAUCACCAGCAGCACCAACAAGCUCUUGGCUCACUGUUAUCAUCCCAUUUCGAGACGUUCGUCAUAACAGUUCAGCAACUGCAGCCCUUAAUCGAUGACCACAAUCUGUCUCGCCUCCGGGACAUGUACAAUGUCAAUGAGGAUAUCCCUUCCAUGCUGUUGGCGUUUGACUCGCAUCAAUAUAAACCUGAAGAUGUCGACCUGAUAUACUCGGUCAUUGUGUGGAAGCGACGGGAGUAUUUGCUGUAUUUAUUAGCACUGGAUGUCAUGUCAAAUAACAGAACGGCACGAUACGGAAAGAUUUGGAGUCAGGCCAUCCAAGUAAACCACAAUCUAGUGCGAGAAUACCUUGUAUUUAACAAGAAUGUAUCGGCCAUAUCUGCUGAGAUGUCUAACUCAGAUGAGGUGUCAAGCAAAAAAGAAAAUGACAAGGUUUCUCUGGCUAUUUCUACACUAGCAGAUACCUCCAGAGCGAACGAGGAAACAUCGAUUUCUGACGGCAGAUGCAUUACAUUGAUGCAUCGUGUAUCUGUGGUCGAAAAACAUAUGGAGGACAUCCAAGCCAAACUAUUCCUGUGUAAACAAGAUACAAAGUCGCUAGCAUCAGGUCGAGUUUCCAGCUUUAGUCUCAAGAGGAUAAGCAAGCGUUUCUCACAUAUAGAUGAGAGUAUGAUUAGCUUAAGCAAGCAAUGGGAGGAGAGCAAACAUUCCUUGGAUGCUUUAGUGGGAGAGGAGAAAUCAAGGCUGAAAUCAACAUUCACAUCACUUCCAUCACCUCCCUCUUCACCUCGAGACUUUCGCCAAAAUGUCUACAGCGUUGAGGAAGAGUCCAACACAUCUCUGAUGUCGCAAAUGAGCAAACGUCGUAGCCAUACCACUCCAUUAUAA